AUGCGCCCAACAUCAAUUAUGUUUAAAGGGAUGACCGGAGCAGGCAUUAUGCUCCCCGCAUGGGCAUUGCAGGAAGUGGGAGCAGCGGGAACGCGGGCGUGGCGCAUGUACUUCACAAGCAGCGAGGCCGGAUCCGUUGCGAGGCGCUCGGCAUGGCAUGAUCUUCCGCUACAUCCAUCACCUGAUGCAUCUGUCAUUACAUUUGUAUGUGAGAUUCCCAGAAGGACGCGUGCCAAAUUGGAACUCGUGAAGGAAGAACCGCACAACCCGAUAGCUCAAGACACAUUAAAGAAAGAGGGCAAUGCUUUGCGGUUCUUCAAGUAUGGUGAUGUCCCCUUCAACUAUGGUUUUGCGCCACAAACAUGGGAGGAUCCUUCAGUAAUGGACCAACUGACGACGUGUGGGGGUGAUGGUGAUCCCAUUGAUAUCGUUGAAUUAUCGUCAAAUCCCUUUGCAGUUGGUUCCGUAAGGGCAGUUCGAGUCCUCGGGUUGUUGGGACUUAUUGACGAGGGGGAAACCGACUGGAAAGUCAUUACGGAGGCCAUUGGACCCGAUGCGACCGGUACGUACGGGUCUUUAAAUAAUGUGCCACAAGAGCUGAAGGCUACCAUUGUUAAAUGGUUCCGCGAGUACAAAACUGCUGAUGGGAAGAAGCCAAAUGAAUUUGUUUUUGGAGGGGAGUUGCGUAAUGCAGACGACGCACUUCGUGUGAUUGAAGGAGGUUCCCGCCAGUACACCGGACUUAUUGCAGGCACGGUUCGUAAUCCCGGUUACUGGCUUCACUGA